AUGGGAAAAGGAAGCCUACUUUUUUCCAAAGCAAGCUCUUUGGGAAUGGGUUUGUGUUCAUACAAGAAACUGUUUGUGCAGAACAUGACUCCUGCAGUCAUUGCUAGCUUUGAAACAAUGCUAGGAAAGUGGAAAGGCCAAGAAGGAAAAGAGAUCGAAGUGUCUCGAGAAUUCAAGUUAUUGACUUCGGAAGUGAUAUCGAGAACAGCUUUUGGUAGCAGUCACUUGGAAGGGGAGAAAAUUUUCGCCUUGUUGGACAAGUUGUCAAUAAUUAUGAUCCGAAAUAUUUUCAAGACCAGAAUUCCUUUCAUCAACAAGUUAUGGAAACCUGCAGAUUUGCUAGAGUCAGAAGCACUUGGAAAAGAAAUACAAGAUUGUGUGUUGAAGAUUGUUAAGAAAGAGAAGACAGUUGUUAAUGGAGACUCCGAUAGCUUCAGCAAUGAUUUUCUAGGACUACUCGUAAAUGCCUAUAAUGAUUCGGACGAGAAAAACAGUAUUUCAUUGCAAGAGUUGGUUGCUGAGUGCAAAACAUUCUACCUUGGUGGACAAGAUACUGUUACAGUCUUUCUUUUAGCAAUCCAUGGAGAUUGGCAGGAGAAAGCUAGAAGAGAGAUGACCAUGAUCAUUAAUGAAACUCUAAGAUUGUACGGUCCAGCAAAUGGCAUCCUGAGAAAAGUUGGAACAGAAGUUCAGUUGGGAAAGCUAGUCUUCCCGGCUAAUAUCGAUCUUCUGCCUCUAAAUAUCGCAGUUCACCAUGACCCUCAACUAUGGGGAGACGACAUGCAUCUCUUUAAACCAGAGAGAUUUGCAGAAGGCAUUGUGAAGGCUACCAAACACAACACCGGUGCAUUUUCCCCCUUCGGAUUGGGACCGAUCUUGUGUCGGUAUGGCCUUCGCAACCACGGAAACGAAGAUUGCUCUCUCCAUGAUUCUACAACAGUACGCCUUCACCCUCUCCCCUGCCUUUGUCCACUCACCGAUGUCCGUUAUCGCGCUCCAACCACAACAUGGAAUUCAAAUAAUAAUCGAAUUGAGCUUCAUUAA